GCCCUUGUCAUUUCCAACCGAGAGAUCGGAUAAUAUGGAUUGUUCUUGGGUUGAAUCCACGCCGUUUGAUCGGAAAAAAGUCGCCGAUCAAUUGCUUCGUGGCCAUGAAUUCGCCCGACAACUUCAAGCCCAUCUACGGAGUGGUUCCAGCUGCGGCGGAACAGUCUCCGAUGAUCUGGUCGCUAAAAUCUUAUCCUCUUUCUCCAAAACUAUCUCCGUCUUGAACCGCUCCUCCGACGCCGACGACAUUAAUGGGUCUAUUGUGGAUAAUUCUCCGCCUGAGGAAUCUGAAGACAGCUGCCGGAGCUCCACCCCCAAUGAUCGGAGGGGCUGCUAUAAGAGAAGGAGGAAUUCCCAUAGUUGGGCGAGAGACAGCAGCAGCCUGGUGGACGACGGGCAUGCGUGGCGGAAGUACGGGCAGAAGUCGAUUCAAAACGCGAAAUUCCCGAGGAAUUACUACCGAUGUACGCAUAAAUUCGACCAGGGCUGCCAAGCCUCGAAGCAAGUCCAGCGAGUGGAAGAGCAUCCACCCAAGUUCCGUACAACUUAUUACGGCCAUCACACCUGCACCAAUUUCCUCAACACUUCCGACAUCGUACUGGGUUCCUCAAAUUUCGACGAUUCCGGUGGCGUCCUCCUCAGUUUCGACAGUCCCACCGCCGCCGCCCCGGCCGCCGUACACGACCACGAAAGGAACCAGUUCUUCUUGCCUGCAGACACCGAUGCCGAUGCCAUGGCUCGCGUAGUCAAAACGGAAGUUGUAAUGGGAGGAACGGCGGCGGAGGAGGUAUGCUCGCCGUCCGAUUACAUGAGUGCCGGCCCUUCACCCGACGACUUCUCCGAGGUUAUGAUGUCCGGUUCCAUCGGCGACUUUGAGGACGAUGUCUUACAAUUUCACUUUUGAAAUUCAACACCUCCGAUCUCCGCCGCCGGCUUCCGGUCCCGCCGGUGUGAUUUGAUUUUAGAUGUUCUAGCUUUGGGUAAAUCUCUAGUUUAUAAUUAUUAAUCUGCAGAAAGUGUUUUUUUUCCCUUUCGAGACCGCUGUCAAUUGUUGUAGUGAUGUAAAUAGCGUCAUGAUCAUAAGAUUUAAUCACAGCCGUUGGAUUUGGAUCA